UUUUUCUUUUUCUUUUAGAUUGACAUUAGAUUAGAUUUAUAAAUUAUAGCGGCCUCUACAUCUUCGCCAGAAGGCUAAAAUUAUUGGAAUGGUGAAUAUGGGAGGUGGCGGAGGCAGCGGUCAAACGAUGUCCUUUAUGGCUGCAGGCGAUGGCUCCGGUGGCGGCGGAUCGGGUGUUGCAGAGGCUCAGUACGCGGGGGCGAAGACGUCUGUAUGGUGGGACAUAGAGAAUUGCCAGGUCCCCAAGGGCUGCGAACCCCACUCCAUCGCCCAGAACAUAAGCUCAGCUCUGUUCAAGAUGAACUACAAAGGUCCCGUCUCCAUCUCCGCCUACGGCGACACCCAUCGGAUUCCUCCUCCCGUUCAGCAAGCCCUCUCCAGCACCGGCAUCGCCCUCAACCACGUCCCCGCUGGCGUUAAAGAUGCAAGCGACAAAAAGAUUCUUGUUGACAUGCUGUUCUGGGCUGUGGACAAUCCUGCACCUGCUAAUUAUUUGCUCAUUUCUGGUGAUCGAGACUUCUCGAAUGCACUCCAUCAGUUGCGCAUGAGAAGAUACAACAUUCUUCUUGCACAACCCCAAAAGGCUUCUGCACCGCUCAUUGCAGCAGCAAAGAGCGUGUGGCUCUGGACGAGUCUUCUGGCAGGAGGACAGCCACUAACAAAUGGUGAAUCACAACAACUUGGUAAUAAUAGCUAUUCCAGUUCUGACACAUUACCGAUUCCAGUUUCUGAUCCCAUUCAGACAAAUCAAUCGGUGGAUUCCUUUUCUGAAAAUUCCUACUUAGGAAAUCAGAAGCUCCCAAAUAUGGGGAGAAGUGCUGAUAUUAAGUAUAAAGGGAAACAAAAUCGCCGAAACUUGAAUCAACCAAAUAUACCAAGAACAGCAAGUGCACCACAACAGUUGUCUGGUGCAUAUAAUCCCAAUGCCUCCCUUAAUGGACAUGCUCCAAAUUUCUUUUCUGGAAGUCCUGUUCCUUCACGAAGCAAUGGCCAUAACCUCCAGAGCAAUUACCAAAAUCAUUAUUCACAACCAUUAAGGCCAAACUUCCCUUUGCAACCCACAUUUGGACCGUCUAAUUCGUUUCCACCAAAUCCUCAUACCCCUGCUUCUCACAUAAUGCCUCCCAGGCCUGAUGGACCUGGUUUCACCAAUGGUCCCCCAAAUGUGCCUGAUGUUGGUGUGUUAAACAUUUCCGAGUACCCCAGCAAUGUUCACAAUCCUCCAAGUUUUCAACAACGAGAUGGAGAGCUGAAAAGAAAUUCGAAUAUUGAGUCUCCAAACCCUGGAAGCUUAAGCGGACAGCAGAAAGGACAUAUUUUGCAUGAUACACCUUCAUUUUACCAUGAUCCUCAGAACAAUAGGUACUCUCGUGGACCAGAACUUCCACCCUCAUCAUCCUCAGCUAUGGGUACCACGAAUGUUCCCAGUAAUGGUAUAUGGGGAUCUCAUGGAUGCCAAAAACCUUCUGAGUAUGUCCAAGGCCUCAUAGGGGUUAUCUUACUUGCCCUGAACACCCUAAAAAAUGAAAAGAUUUUGCCUACUGAAGCAAAUAUAGCUGAUUGUAUUCGAUAUGGAGACCCCAAGCACCAAAAUACUGAUGUUAAGAAGGCCCUGGAAAGUGCUAUUGAGCAGCAGAUGGUAAUUAAGCAAAAAUUAGGUGCUGUUCAGUUAUAUGUUGGAAAAAAUGACAGACUAUGGAAGUGCGUGAACCUUAUGGGUGGUAAUCCUAAACAGUACUCUAAAGCAACUUGGGAUGGAAUCCAGAAUUUUCUAAUAUCCCCUGCUGGACGAUCUGCGAUAAUGGCUUCUCAAUGCAAGUAUGAAGCAGCUAUUAUUUUAAAGAAUAUGUGCUUGAAAGACCUUGCUUUGGGAGAUGCACUUCAGAUUUUGAACAUGAUUAUCAGUGCAAAGAAAUGGAUCACACAUCUUCAAUCAGGAUGGCAACCGGUUAACAUUUCUCUUCCUGAGUCUAACACUGAUUCAGGGGCCAUAGCUGCCACAUAAGGUCCGAAUACUAGUUAUGGUAGGGGAAAGGGGCCUUUAAACAGUUAAGAGGUACAUAAUAUAAUGGUGGGUGUUUGUUACUCAGAGGACAAGGAAAAGGAGGUUCUCUUUCUCAAGAACCAGAGUUGGUGGAGAUGGCGAAAUUUGACUUAAGGUGGUGGAAUAAGCAUAUUGGGAUUUCUCAUCAUUUUAUUUUAUUUUUUAUUUCUUGUGAAGUUCUUAAGUUUAGUUUUCUGGAAACGAAAGCAGUUACUGGACAGGGUUAGAUCAUAUAUAAUGAGAUACUAUUCUCUAAGUUGCAGAGGUGCUAGUUGCUGCAAUGGCCUGCUUUUGCAGUAUAUGUUCACCUCUUCAUUAGGGUUAGGUACUGCUUGUAGGAGUUGGACUUUUGUCCAUUUUCACUCAAUCUUUUAGGCCUUUCCAUUAGUUGCAUGAAUGAACCGUUGGUGCCUUGAAUGCUUUUGGAGAAAUAUUGUAAGGGGAGAUCCUGCAUUCUUUUGUUUCAGCAUAUAACCAUUGAAGCAAGUUAUCUUAAGGGAAACGGGACAAGUCUGUUUAUCUUAUUGCAAGGAUUGGUUUGUAUCCAUCGGUCAUCUCAAAUAGUUCAUGGAAUUAGCAACUGGGGUACAAAUUUCUGGAGUAUUAGUUUCUGAUGUUGGCAUUUCUUCAAGAUGGGGCUGGAAGUUCACUUACCGAGACACAGAAAUUUAGGACCCCAAUUAUACUGAAGAUGAAGGGAAAUACCGGCAUGUCAGAGAGAGAAGAAAAUGCAGUUGUAUGGGAUUAACUCAUCCUUAAAAGGGUUUUUGGUGGGAUCUGACCAAUCUCCUAUAAGCCAGCAUACUGUUGUAUUAGUUGAGAAUGAGACACUAAAUGACAAUGUAUGCCAUCAUAUUUUUGCUACUAUGGUAUGGUGCUUGCCAUCUACAAAACUACGAAGAUAUGGUGAUUGCUGACACUACGAAAAGCCAUGAAGACGAUAUGGUGGUUGGAUGCUCGAAGAAUUGAUUUCAAAGUACGGUUUAAUUUUAUCUUGGAAGACUGUUAUCUCUUGUUGCACCUUCUGUUCAAUCUUCAGUGUACAUGCAUGUAUAUAUUUCUUGUGGAAAGACUAUAUAUCCAUAUAUAUAUGUAUUUCUCAUAAAGAGCAUAAUGCUGUUAAAAUGAACCUUGUAUCUGUGUGCUUAUUCUGUGUAAGUGGUUGCAUAAUGUAAGAAACUAGAAGGUUUUCAGGCUGCAA